AUGGCUGAAAUAUCAGACACUGAAAAAGCAAUUCCCGAUGAACAAAUCGAGAGCACCCCAAGUGCUGAGGUUGAUCUGGACCGUAUCGGAGAAGAAAACGGUUACAUUGUUGAUGUCUCACUCAUUCAUGACAAGAAGCUCGUGGAGCGCCUCAAACUCGCUCCUGAUGGCCAUACUGUCUUGAUUCCACAGCCAAGUGAUGACCCACAGGAUCCUUUAAACUGGAGCAGCUUUAAGAAACAUGCUAUUCUUAUAAUUAUUUCUGCUACUGCCUUCCUGGGAGAUUAUGGAAGCGCGACGGGCGCUGUGACAUUGAUUCCUCAAGCAAAUUUCUUCGCCGCCAGAAUCUUGAAUGGAUUCUUUUCUACCGUUGCCCAAGGUGGUGGGCUCAUGUUUGUCAAAGACAUGUUCUUUUUCCAUGAACAUCCUCGUAAAAUCAACAUCUGGACCGGCUUCGUUAUUCUAUCCCCCUAUUUCGGACCCCUAUUCACAGCCUUCAUUGUCUCAACCCAAACCUGGAACUGGGCUUUCUGGGUUCUUACAAUCAUGACCGGGCUCUGCCUUCUGGGCAUAAUAUUUUUUGUCGACGAAACAUUCUAUGACCGACAUAUCCCCGCAUCUGAACGGCCGGUUCGCAAGUCUCGAGUCAAGAGGUUGCUGGGUAUUGAACAAUGGCACAGCAGGAAACAAAGAAGUAGUUUCUAUGAAGCUGUUAUGCGUACUUGGAAAGUGGUUACGAGACCAACAGUCUUUUUGAGCAUGGGUUAUUAUAUGUGUACGUUUGCGUGGGUCGUGGGAAUCAACACCACGCUCUCCAUCUUCGUGGCGCCUCUGUAUAAUUUCGGCACCAAGCAAAUCGGCUACUUCUACUUCACGCCCGUUGUUGCAGCGCUCCUAGGAGAGGUAGUCGGGCACUGGCUGCAUGACCUCGCAGCACGUCUAUACAUGAAGCGGCACAACGGAGUCCUUGAGCCCGAAGCUCGCCUCUCCGUAAUCUGGUUCUCAACGCCCUUCAUUGUAGCCGGGCUCAUCCUCAUCGGGUUCUGUCUCGAGCGCGGAUAUCAUUACAUGCUCACGUCUCUCGCAUGGGGGCUAUACGUGUUCGGAGUCAUGAUCUCGACCGUUAGCAUCGCGAGCUAUAAUCUUGACUGUUAUCCUGAGGGGUCUGGAGAGGUGGGGGCUUGGUUGAAUCAGAGCAGGACCAUUGGCGGGUUCGUUAUUAGUUAUGUGCAGGUGGAGUGGGCCAAUGCGGGCGGUCCAGAGAGGAGUUUUGGUGUUCAGGCGGCCAUCUGUGUGGCGGGCUUCUUGGUGAUUGUGGGGUUGCAGGUCUGGGGGAAGAGAUUGAGGACUUGGAGCGGGAAGUUGAAUUUCAAGACAAAUUGAGAUGGUGAUGCAAGUGGACAAUUAGGAAUAAAUAGGUGGAGCAUUGGAAUAGAGAUAGAUGGAGAAACCAAUCGCGAAGAAUAUAUACAUAGAUUUUCUUACACGACAAUCUUCAAAGAUGUUUC